AUGGCCUGGCUUAUUCCCACCCCUAUUCAUCAUCCAUUGCAUGUUGCAGGCUACUACCUAAAUCCGAAGUAUUUUUAUAGCAAACCAACAAUUGAGAAUGAUCCCAUAUUGGUGGAAGGCUACUACCUAAAUCCGAAGUAUUUUUAUAGCAAACCAACAAUUGAGAAUGAUCCCAUAUUGGUGGAAGCUAAGUGGUGGAAGACUUAUGGAGCACAAACUCCACUUUUGCAAUUAUUGGCCAUUAAAGUGUUGAGUUUGACAUGCAGUUCUUCAAGAUGUGAGCGUAAUUGGAGUACUUUUGAGCAUAUUCAUUGCAAGAAGAUAAGUAGACUUGAGCAUAAGAGGUUGGAAGACUUGGUUUUCAUUAAGUAUAACCAGGAUUUGAAAGAGCGAUAUGAUUGUCGUGAUGUGAUUGAUCCAAUUGUCUUAAAUGAUGAUAAUGAUUAUAUCAAUGAAUUUGAAGUGGGAGACUUGGAGGAAGAUGGUGAACUUGUUGAAGAAUUAGUUUAUGCUGGUGAUAAUCUAACUUGGAUUGAUGUUGCUAAUGAGCUGGUGGUCUACACUAGGCAGGCAACAAAAGAAAAAGCAGCUGCAAGUGCAUAUAGGGCAAUAGCACAAGAAGCAAUAUCAAAAGAAGUGGUGGUAGAAGAAGAUGUUGAAUAA